GACUGCUACCGCUUCGAUAAUCAGGAAAUAUACUGCUGAAGUCAUUCUCACCUCAGCAGAUUUACCUGAAAAACUUCCUCUCUAUCUCUGAAAAGGAUAGCAGAAGUCUAGAUUCUGUUUCAGUCGGCACAAGUUAUCUUAUUUUCUUGCAUUUUAGUACUAUUUCCUUCCUUCUUCUGCUUAGUUUUCUCCCGCAGAUUUCAACAAAUCCUCCUGCAACCGAAAGGGUCUUCUUCAAUACUUCUUCCUUUAAUUGUAUUUCUAGAAUUUUUUUCCCAUUUGCUCAAUAAAGUUUUGAGCUCUUUCCUAAAUGGGUUUGUGGGAUUCCUUCCUCAAUUGGCUUCGAAGCCUAUUCUUCAAACAGGAAAUGGAACUUUCCCUCAUUGGCCUCCAAAAUGCGGGGAAGACAUCUCUUGUCAAUGCUGUUGCUACUGGGGGCUACAGCGAGGACAUGAUUCCAACUGUUGGUUUUAACAUGCGUAAAGUGACAAAAGGGAAUGUAACCAUAAAACUCUGGGACCUUGGAGGGCAACGCAGAUUUCGCACCAUGUGGGAGCGUUAUUGUCGUGGUGUCUCUGCAAUACUAUAUGUCGUUGAUGCUGCUGAUCGAGACAGCGUUCCUAUAGCUCGAAGUGAGCUUCAUGACCUCUUGAAGAAACCUUCACUCAGUGGGAUCCCAUUGCUUGUUCUUGGGAAUAAAAUUGACAAGUCAGAGGCCCUUUCAAAACAAGCAUUGGUGGAUCAAUUGGGUCUUGAUUCGAUCACGGAUAGAGAAGUCUGCUGCUAUAUGAUCUCUUGCAAGGAUACAAUAAAUAUCGACGUAGUCAUUGAUUGGCUUAUUAAGCAUUCAAAAACAGUGAGUUGAUAACGAAUAUUAAGUUCUAGACAAGUUUCAUGGUGGAUAUCUGGCUUCUGCUUGUAUUGAACUAUUUAUGCUGCUUUGGUUUGAAGACUGUACAUCCAUUCUGAACAUUUGUUUUUUAGAUUGCAAAUGUUCUGGAAAUUACAGUAGCUCAUUGUCCAAGUCCGUGACACUUUGUAAAGAAAGAAUAAGAUUGAAUUUGUGUAGUUUGUUUUUUAAUAGCUCAGAAUAGUCAUUUUGUUGCAGAAUGCUGAA